AUGGAAGAGUUGGAAGCGGGAGAAAAGGGGCAACACGAUGGAACAAUCACUUGGGGCUUGGCGAAUAGUGAUGAUCUCACCUUGACUACAUGGAAUGGUACUAUUCUCGGCCCUGCUAAAACUCCAUUCCAGAACAGAAUGUAUGAAUUAGAGAUUAAAUGCUGUAAAGAAUAUCCCGACAAACCACCACUCAUCAGGACAAGAAUAAAUAUGACAGGAGUAGGAAACACUGGUCAAAUUGAUACUUCGAAAGUGCCCUCUCUAAGUAAUUGGCAUCGAGGGUUGUUUAUUCGAAAUGUCCUUGAUGACCUACGAAAAAUGAUGGCUCACAGCGAAAACAAGAAGUUAGCUCAACCACCAGAAGUUGUCGUGCCUCGUAGUUUUUACUUACUUGAGGAAUAUGAGGAAGGCCUCAAGGGUCUAUGUAAUGAAAUCAGUUGGGGUCUUAAAUCAGCUGAUGACAGUACACUAUCCGAUUGGAUGUGCAAAAUUUUCUUCCACAAUGAGAAGGGCAGCUUUUUCUUUGAUUUGUCCGCUCAUUGUGGACCCAGAUAUCCUGACGAGCCCCCUCAAAUAAAGUUCGAUACUGCUGUCAAGGCCGAUUUUGUUAACCCCCAAACACGAAUCGUUAAUGCGCAAAAAGUUGAUAGUCUUCGAGGGUGGAAGCGUGGGAAAAAAUUAAGUGAUGUUUUGACAGAUAUUCGAAAGCUUCUUGAAAAUAUUGCCGCUACCCAAGGCCAAAGAUUAUGA